GUUGUUGCAACUGGCGCAAUAAUUAUACGACAUUAUGUAGACUACAGUUCCCAUGUUCCCCAGCCUGGCAAAACUACAAACAGCAACAUGGCAGGAAUUGGAGCUUUCCUGAAGAAUGCGUGGAAUAAGGAGCCAGUGGUAUUGGCCGCCUGUGCAAUUGGACUUCUUGCCGUUACUGUUCCAUUAGUGAGUCCCUUAACGAAGUACUCAGGCAUGAUGAAUGCAGCUGUGCCAUACAACUACCCAGUCCCUGUGCGAAACAAUGGCAAGAUGGACGAUGUCCCCAGCCACCCUUGUGACCCUAAAGGACCAAACCUGGACUGGAUUAAAAGCCUGUAACCGUCCACAUUCCCUUUCCUGUACAGACCACAGCCCAUUGUUCCUGUCUCUCUGUGUCUGCUUCUCAGUAGAUGGCCCUCAAUAAAGAUUAUCUAUUUAAUACCACCAA